AUGGAUGAAGACCUGGCUGAGCUCCUAAAAAAAUUCUCUCUAGAGGGGAAUGAGCUUCUCGGAGCCACUUUAGAAUUGGGAGAUCUCCAGCAGGGAGUUAGAGCCUGUGAGGAAAGCCUGAUAGGAAGAGUUAUAGGUAAGAAAGUUGUCAACUUUACUGGGGUAAAAAAUUUCGUAACUGCUGCUUGGGGUUACCCUAGGAAUAUAACAGUGAUGGAACUUGGGCCAAAUAUCUUUCAGUUUAACAUCCCAAGCCUAGUUGAUAAGGAAAGAAGUAUAGAGGGUGGUCCUUGGGUUAUGGAUAAUCAACUGCUUGUCCUAAAUAGGUGGAAGGAAGGGAUAGAAGAGGAUUAUAGGGCCUUUAUGACUGCGCCCCUCUGGGUGCAACUCUGGAAUCUGCCAGUUCAUUGGCUUUCUAAAGAGGUAGGAAACAAGAUAGGGGUUGUGUUCAAAGAAGUAAGAGAGGUUCUAAUCCCUCAGAAUGGAGGAAAAGAUGGCAGGCACUUGAAAAUUUUAGCGUUAGUUGACCUGUCUAAACCCCUGCUCAGGGGUACUGUGGUUAAGAUUGCAGGAGCUUUGAAGUGGAUAGCCUUUAAGUAUGAGAGGUGUCCUGAUUUUUGCUAUAGUUGUGGGUUAGUAGGACACAGUGAGAGGUCUUGUAAGGAUAGAAGAGUGACAGGGGGAAGCAUGGGAGGCCAUCAAUACGGGCCCUGGUUGAGAGCUGGAAAUACUAGGAGCUCACCCCAGAAACAAAACUCCAGGAAUGAAGGGUCGAGUGACAAAAAAUAUUGGAGAUUCCAGGAAGGAGAAUUGAUUGAACAAGAUAGAAGCAGGAGCCUUUUGAAUCAAAGUCUGUUAGAAAACUUGCUGUCACCAGAUAAGGAGGGCCAUAGCUCGCAGAAAGAGAGGGAGGAUAGGGAAAAGGCAAAGGAAGAUCAGGGGAGGGGAGCCUCACCAGUAGUUGAGGAAAACAAGGGAGGAAUCCAAGAUUGUAGUGAAGACCUCAUGAACCUAGAAACGAGAGGUCCUGAUCUCCCACUAGUGAUCCAGGUUGAGGAAGAAAUUCAGUCCCCUAUGGCAGUGGAAGUAAGGGAGGAGGAUAGAGAGUUAGAGAUACAGAACCAAAAUCAAGGACUAGUGGACAAUGAGGAUUCUGUAGGAGCGCUAGUGACCCACCAGGAAUCUAUGGUGUCUGGAAAGGUUCAGGAGGCUAAGGACAAACAAGCUAAGAGGAUGUUCAGAAGACUGAAGUCCCCAACCAGUGGCAGGAGAGCUUUGAAAGAGUUAAAUGAAAAUGGUGCAAGUCACUCGAUUUCUGGUAAGAGAAAAGUCUUGUUGAGGGAUGAAGAGAUGGAGGAAGCAAAUUCUGAUAUAAUCCAGUGGAAAAAGACUAAACCUAUGUUAGAAUUCUAUUCUGCUGAGCUCAAGGGAGAGGUUAGGGGGACCUGCCUGAAAGGGACCCCUCUAGGUUCAUGA